AUGGCGUCUCUUGAAAACAACUCACUUUGCAACAAAAUCUUCAAGAAGGAAGAUUGGAUUGGGCGCUUUCAAAAACUCGAACUUGACGCACUGAUCUUUGGCAUUGGUCUUGAUGCAGAUAAUUCUGGCUCCGACAAGCAAGACGAAGAGACCUAUGCGGUUUUGUGUGUGGCGAAAAAGGGAAGUAAAUAUCCCGUCGAGCACUAUCCUUCUGAAUUCCCAGAGAGACAGCUGUUCCUUGACUGCCUCCAUCCAUACACAUGGAUUAAGGACGAGUGCGCUAUUCACAUUACUGAACCAAACAUUGUCUUAAACGUCAGUGAUUAUUUCAGGAGCAACCAAACCCUCUCUGGGGAACUGGCACCACAUAUGGAUGGAGAUAAGCUUAAGCCAAGUGAUGAAGUCAAGGCUUAUGCUCUUACCUUUAAUGAGAUUCCUCAGAGCGUUUCAGCCUUUUUCAUUAAUGGAAAUCUUUAUAUUGAGAUUGGAAUCUGGGAUGAACGGGCUAUGUGGCAAUUUAAAAGGAAUAUACACAACGAAAACACGAUAGAUUACACCUUAAAUUCUCUCAUCAGUCUGAGUAUAGCAGAUUGA